ACAUAUUCAAUGUAAAAACAUUCUUUAAAAUCUGACGUCGUCGCAGUCAAUUCCGUUUUAGUGGCGCUUCUGUCGUAUUAACAUGAACAGUAUCCGGCCACGUUAAAAUAGCUUGUUUGGUUAUAAUAUUAGCGGCGAUUUUGAUCAAUUAAUUAAAUAUUGUGUUUUGCAAACUUUCUCAAACUUAAAUGUGAAUAAGCUGCAAGAAAUAGGAAUUUAACGAAGAAUGGACUACUGGUCGAUUUGCUUGCUAUUUAUUUCGCUAUUGGGUACGAUAUUACGUACUGGUGGUGUCGAGCUAUCCUUUGAACUACCUGACAAUGCGAAACAAUGUUUUUAUCAGGAUAUUGAAAAAAAUGCGACCGCAUUAUUUGAAUUUCAGGUUGUGACAGGUGGACAAUAUGAUGUAGAUGUAAUUUUGGAAGCACCAAAUAAAGAGAUUAUUUAUAAACAAAUAAAAACGCAAUUUGAUUCACAUCAAUUUAUAGCAUCUAUGACAGGAGCAUAUAAAGCUUGUUUUAGCAAUGAAUUUUCAACCUUUUCACAUAAACUUGUUUAUAUGGAUUUUAGAGUAGGUGAUCAAUCAUCACUUGGAGAACAUGUAACUGUUAUGACUCAGAUGGAAUCUUCUGCUCAAACAGUACACAAGAAUCUAAAUAGCAUUUUAGAUUAUCAAACACAUCAUCGAUUAAGAGAAGCACAAGGUCGUAAACGUGCAGAAGAUUUGAACACUCGUGUACUCUUAUGGUCCGUUAUGGAAACUAUUACAAUCUUAGUUAUAUCUGUGGGGCAGGUGUAUAUCUUAAGGACCUUUUUCACAGAGAGAAAACGUUAAUAUGUUUAUUAGUGUAUUUGCGAAUAAUAAUACUUUUUUGUUCGCAAAUUAAACAAUUUAUCCAUCAAGUGAACGUGAGACAUCAUCAUACUUAAUAUUUCACAAGUUCCACCAAUUAUGGUGCCAUGUUAAACUGGGCCAGUUGUGUAUUAUAUCUAUGUUUAUUUUGGACUUGGAAAUACAAUUUCAAACAGAUGGAAUAAUGUAGCAGCAGAAACUUGCAGUUUACUAAAUUAUGAGAAUGUUGUGUAUGCGCGUUUAUGUGUGAAUAAUUUGAAUAUUAAGUUAUAAAAGUUAGAACUUUUUAAUAAGUACUUGCUCUAAUAUAAACAUUAAUAAGAAAUGUGGAAAUAAUUAAACUAUCUUCUAAUAGUAAAUCUUUAUGUUAUAACUGUAUUUUGGCAUUGACAGUGUAACAUUGCCAUGAGAGACAUUUUUCUUACUGUAAUAAUAAAUUAGAAUAUUUGCGCGUA